CAGCAUGCGCCAGGAUUUGUCAGAGGCCAUGAAGGAAGCCACCAAGGAAGUCCACUUCCAGGCAGAGAACGCUGAAUUCAUGAAGAACUUCCAGAAGGGCCAGGUGACCCCAAAGGACUUUAAGCUGGUGAUGGCCUCGCUCUACUACAUCUACGAGGCCCUGGAAGAGGAGAUCGAGCGGAACAAGGAGAACCCCGUCUUCAAGCCGCUCUACUUCCCUGAGGAGCUGCACCGGGGGGCCUCCCUGCAACGUACCUUGUCCUUCUGGUACGGGCCAGGCUGGCGCCAGGCCAUCUCGGCCAGCCCGGCCACUCGGCGCUAUGUGCGACGCCUCCACGAGGUGGGCCGCCAGGAGCCCGAGCUGCUGGUGUCUCACGCCUACACCCGCUACCUGGGCGACCUGUCAGGGGGCCAGACCCUCAAGAAGAUCGCGCAGAAGGCCCUGGACCUGCCCGCCUCCAGCGAUGGCCUGGCUUUCUUCACCUUCCCCCACAUCGAAAGUGCCACCAAAUUCAAGCAGCUCUACCGGGCCCGCAUGAACACGCUGGACAUGACCCCCGAAGUGCGAAAGCGGGUUCUGGAAGAGGCCAAGGCAGCCUUUGUGCUCAAUAUCAAGGUGUUCGAGGACCUCCAGGAGUUACAGAGCCAAGACACUGAGGACCAGAGCCCUGCACAGUCUCAGGGGCUGCGCCGGCGUGCAGAGCUAGGCCGGGCUCCCUCUGAGACCCCCAGAACAAAACCCCAGCUCAGCCUCUCGCAGACGCCAUUGCUCCGCUGGGUCCUGACGCUCAGCUUCCUGGUGGCCACGGUGGCCGCUGUGGGCCUGUAUGCCAUGUGAGCGACGAAAUCGAACCGUGUCACAGACUCUGACCCAUCCCACACCCUCUUUGCAGAGAGGGGUGAUUGCCAGGGGCCUGGGGCUGAUGCCCCUCUCCCCCAUGUUCCUCUCUGGAAAGGGAAAGCAGCACUUUGGCAUCCAACCAUCGACCUGGACUUGUGGGACCAGGGAUCCUCCCUUCCCCUGUACACAGACACACACACUCAUCCUCACACAUACACAAGCACACACACACACACACCCGUUCACACAGACACACACUCAUGCUCACACAUACACAAGCACACACACACACACACACCACACACACCCGUUCCUGCAGCAGAGCCUAGAAGACCCAACCAGAAAUGGCAACUCUUCCUGAACCUCCUCCAGACCCAGACACCCCAAUUUGGGGUCUCCAUGACCUACCAGUGCCUUCAAACCCGUGCGUGGGUCAUGCCCAGUUUUGUAUAAACCUGCAAUGAUGUUGUGUCUCUGUCUUGUUUUCGUGGAAGCCCUGUGUUAUUAUCGGCUCAGCCCGAACUGAUGUUUUGUUAUGUUUUUCUGUUCUGUUUUUA